CAAGCUCUUGAAAUCGGCCAACUGAUAAAGGAUGAAUACUUCACCUUGUUCGAGUCCGUUGGUGCGUUGGAGAUCAUGGAUCCAAAGAUGGACUCUGGUUUCUUGGCACCAGGCGAGACACUCGAUGAUGACUAUGACAUCUUAAAAGAGCUUCUGCCUGAGGAAGUUGUCGGUAUCAUGGAUCAACUCCUUUGCUAUGAGAUGGCAUGGCAUCAAGGAUACCCGCUCUCGCAAACCCUUUUCACUUCUCUACAUAUCGACAAGUUGCUCUGGCCUGAGCCAAGGACAUUGGAUGAAGCAUCGUUCCACCGAGUUCCCAAGCUUUAUGACAAUGACUUGAGUGGACAGUAUGAAAAAUCGCCAAUGCUGAUGUUACUUCGGGCUUAUUGUCUUGGGCUCAUCAAGUAUUGCGACAACGUCAUCCAGAAAGUCACGUCAAGGGACUACUUCGAAGAGGAAGAUUUUUCGACGCAUACUUACAACCGCCUUCUCCUGACUCGCUUCCUGGAAAAAGAGAUCGUGGCAAUUCUAGACCAAGCUGAGGAGUGGCUAGGAUCCUCGUCCGUCGAAGAGACCGUCAAGGAUGCUCUUGUUUCACGGCUGAGACUGAGGAAGAAGCUACUGGAAGUCACUUCCCCUGAGGAGUCUAUGGAACAUUUAAGUGAAGGUUGGUCUCAGACUCGCGAGCUCCUGAGCGCCGUCGAAAAGUCGCAUGCUACAGGCAAGUUUGUCAAAGAAGCUUUUAGUUCAAAGAUCCAACGAAGGUUGGCGAGCACUGUUCCACCCAGACCUGUAGUGGAACCUUCUUUCUCUGAAGCACUUAAAGUUGCGGUUGAACUUUGUCAAGAUUGCUUGGAGGUCAUUAGAGGAACAACUCAGCUGGGUCCUGGCAAUCCGAGCGAGAUCAUGGCCUAUUUAUGGACGUUCAACUCCCGCAAGCCUCAACCACUCACUUAUUCCCGUGCUUGUCUCUCAUCGCUGAUUUUCGGGCACCCCACCGAAGUGUACGAGGAGUUGCUCCGGAAGGACCUUGAAGGAUUAGUACUUCCAGCAGACCCCAUUCUAGAUCCGAUCAACUGGACUAUCGAACAGCCUGUAAACCCACUGGUGGGAACUGACAACAGGGCUAUGAUGGCAAACGUCGUCAAUGAAUUCGGUGCUAGAACAACGCCUCAAUAUCUCGAACUUUGGACGACUCUUUGCCAGAACCGUUGUCGCACACGCCGAAUGAUGACGCACAACCUCCUAGCUUUCAACAACCUUCAGCUUGAUGUUGAGGUCCUCGACCAAGACCUGCACCAUCUUACUAAAGAUGUCCUUCAAUAUCCUCUGGCAUCGUGGACUUAUCAUCAAAAGCUCACGCAGAUGGAAUGGAUUGUGCAACUAGGCUUUGAGCAAGAUGUCUACUUGCCAGAUGAAUAUGCUGGCAUGUAUUGGUGGCUCUCAAGCAUUGCUGCAACCCGUGCGGAAUUGCUGGAGAGGAUUCUUGCUUUCGUAUCGGAAAGGCAUUCGAAGCUCGCCAAAGCCGAUCAACCUCAGGAGGCUACUGCAGAGAGCCAGCCGAAGCUCGCUGAUCCUGAACAAUCUCAAGAAGCUAUUGCAGUUCUUAAGACCAAGCAGCAUUUGCAGCUGUACGUUUUGCUCCACUAUCUGAGAAUUGUUCCCACGCCACCUCGUCCAUUUAGUAGCCCGGCUCUCCGCUACGAGCUCCGCAUGAAGCCUUUCCUGGCAGUGGAUAUGCCGAGCCUGCCGCCAUUUGAAGACUUUGAGGCGGAUAUCCAUCCCUUUGGUCCCUAUGACAAGCCCGACAAACCUCUGGGGGAGGUGGUCAAGCAGCUGUCCAAAGAUGCUGAAGACUUGGUCAAAGACGCAAAGGUCAACUUUGCUACAGUGAAGAAGCUGGGCCCCAAAGCUGCACGGAGCGAAUGCGUUAGUGAGGCCUGGUCGAAGGACGUUUCCAAUGUCCUGCUCACCUGUAUAGCUGCGGGCCUUGCCACCACUGGACUCGGGAAACUGUCAGGCGUGAAAGAGCUAUCCCACCUUGUCAAGUCUGGGCCGGGCAAGCUGGGAGAUGUUGAGAGCGAGAAGAAAUACCAUGACUGGUGGAUCAUUCCUAAACUGUAA